GUUCGGGAGAGGAACGCAGCGGGCAAGUAAGUCAACGGAGAGAAGACCAACCAAGCUAGGCCAACAAACCUUGCUUGUGCGAGAGAAGUGUAGCCGAAGUUGGAGUAGAAUAACAAGGACGAGCUCCUUGUUCGCUCGAGCGAUUGGCCUCAGUGCAUGAUCAAAACUCAGCAAAGCCAGACCCAACCACGAGCGUGUGAGGCCAGAGUGAGGAGGUCCGCAACAGCGACAUCCCCAAACCCGCCACUGCCCUGGCUGAUCUUAUGCAUAUCGGCAAACCAAUCCCCCGCCGUCCAAGUGACAGUCCUAGUUGUGACCACGUGACCUGGUCAACAUGAACCGGGGGAUGGAUGCCGGCGUGUGACGUGGAGUAGUCCGGAGAUUCGAAGGGCCAUUCAGAUGGAAAAUGGAAACGCGAGUCUAAUCCAGAUUCAUCCCGGACACCGAUAUCGUCAUCGGACAAGGGAUAAUCUGGCUCCAAGCAGUGGGCGUGUGAGUGUGUGAAAGUCCGUCAGUUUCCAUGCGUGCGUGAGGGAGGGAGGGAGCGAGCAAAGAUGGAUGUGCCCUCCGGUGUGAUGAUUAUCUUGAGGUGAUCAAGUCUAAUUUCAUUUCCAUGCCCACGGCCUUAGCGCGUUCGAGCCAUAGUUUCAAUGAGUGAAAAAGUGAGAGGUACUCAACAUCUCUCGUCUGUUCCUGGUCCUCAUUGAGCUCUGACCAUGGCGUCUAGCGGGGAGAGAUCCACGUACUUGCCAAAAACCGCAGCAACGAAUCAACCUCAGCCCUUUCCGGUCCUGUUCAAGGGAGGUAAUGCCCCAGCUGGAAAUAGCAGUGCGACCACAAACCUCAGUCAGUUGUUCACGCAACGGUUUCUGUUCUUGCUCGUGUUCGACACACUACUACAAAGGCAACUCGUGGGCGCCUUGCGUUGCUACACCGAUAUCGACGCCACCAAAGGCUACAGCGUGGAGUGCGGCCUUAGCACGGGAUGUGUCAAGAUCUACAUCGAUUCCGAGGAGAUGCUCAUGAAGCAGCAGCGUAACUACGGCUACCCGCCUGGCUUCGGGCAGAUGCCCACUCUACCACCCCAUUUGGAGGGGGACCCGGUCCUUCUCCGAGGGUGUUUUGUUCUUGCCGUCCCCGACAAAUGCUACAAUGCCAAGAAUGGUCUGUCCUACUGCUGGUGCUCAAGCCGUGAUCUGUGUAACGGAUCGAGUCGCCUCUGGAGUGGUUUGCGCGGUGGUUGGCCCCGUUGGUGGUGCUCGUCGUUGCUUCCCCUCUUGCUCAUUCUUGUUCACCGCGUCCUGGGCUGAUGAUGUAUGUUCCAAAUGGACCGGGCCUUGAUCUUCACCUCACAAUCGCGUCCAAACAAGCAUUCCUCUAGUGUUCAUUUCAAAUCUCGAGCCUCAACCGCUUUGGGUGGGCCUCAGGGAACCCCCUCGUCCAUUCCUUCAAGAUACUGUUUCCCUUUUCCGAUUCUAUUCGAGUACGCUAUUUCAUAAAAUGUUGCCCAAUACCCCCACACCACGCGAAUUCCAUGUUCCACUUUGCUUUUUUCGGAACUGACUUUCUCUCCCACUUUUUUCUCCUAUCGUUCCUCACUUUCACUCGGACAGCAAUAGUAAAGGGACAUCGACGGACCCGAUCCCACCUUUGAAGUCCAACAUUUUUGUUCAAUCCCAAAGAAAACUUCCCUCAAAAUCCUAUUGCUUGAUUCACUUUAGGGGCAGUCAGAGAAGAGAGGGAAAAUCAAUUUCUUAGAAUCCUUACAAGUUGAAGAGGGAGUAGUAAUCUUCGAGCACUCCUUCAAAAUGGAGCCUAGCGACAAACGAACUUGUCUGGAAGCUUCUUUCCGUCAAUAAGGCUUCCUCGAAACUGUGAUGACUAGGGAACAUUUUAUUUCAAUCGAAUUUCUUUCUUCGACAAACUUAUUCCACGGAUGACAUCCGUGGAAUAAUUUCUUCAUCUCAUUGAUACCUUUGCUCAACCGAGAAUCUAUCCAACCAGUUCCAGGAAAAGGCAAAAAGACAUCUGGAACGCCCUUUCAAUUUACCCUUUCAGUCAAUAAUAACCUAUUCGACUACUAGUCCAUUUACCUAACUGUGAUAAACCCACCCCUCUCUCCCUUAAGAGCCCCUCACUCCCACAUUCUCUCCCACUUCAGCCAAUUACGAACCGGGUGAACUCCCGUCUAUCUAAAUUGGGCACUUUUUUUAUCUCCUUCUCGUUGAGUAUUUCCAAUCGCUUUGGAAGGAGCCUUCAACGACCUCACAAGAGCUGGCUUUCCCCAUUUGGUUUUAGACCAACAAUCAUCCUCUUUGACAUUGUUUGAUUUUACUUCUUGAACAGACGACACUCUUUUAUGCUCCUUCAAUUGAUCAAUCAUUGGUUUUGACCUCACGAGGCUUCUUCACAACAACAACAACAACAACAGUGUGCACUCGGAUGUACUGAUUCACUUUCGUGCCUUUUCGAAGUCAAUUCACUGAAAUGGAAAUCAGCUGUAGCUUUUAACAUAUGCGUAACAUAUAUGUUAACAAUAUGAUAGAUAUUGACUCUCCCUACUCUAGCCAAAUAUCCAUUCAAAACACUCAACUUUCAAUCUAUACCUUUAACGGCAAAAAACAACAAGAAAAUAAAACUCUCAGAGACAGACGAUGA